AUGGAUAUAGAAGAAGCAAUAUUUAGCCAUCCAAACUCGAGUAUUGAUAGAAUUCUGUCUCGAAUUGGCUUUGGCCGGUAUUCCUAUAGAUGUUAUUAUGUCAUUAUAAACAAUUAAUAUAAAUUUAAUUUAAUCAUUAUAAAAAACCAUAUAGUACUUGCCAUAAGCUAUCCUAAUAAAUUUCAAGCCAUUUUCUAAUAAUAAAAUAAAUUUAUAUCUUAUCCAAUAGGCAAAUAAAGGAUUUCAGCAUAUCAACUAAUGGUCCUCUGCCUUUGUGGAGCUUUCUUAAUGGCUGAAGGAGCUGAACUUCUCAUCGUCACAUUGAUGUCCUCAGUUCUCCAAAAAGAAUGAAACCUAAGCCUCGAAGUAGUCGAAUUCAUGGGCGGAAUCCUAUUUCUUGGCACAGCCAUUGGAACUCUCAUAGCAGGACCUUUAGGCAAUGCCUUUGGCAGACGAAAAUGCAUGGUCUUUUCCUCCCUUUCCUACUGCAUUUUUGCCGUAACCUCUGCUUUUAUGCCAGAUAUCUGGACUUUUGUAUGCACAAGGCUCUUUUUGUCCAUAAGUCUCGGUGUUUUAGUCCCAAUUGGCACCACCCUGAUUGUGGAGACUGGCAUAGAAAAUUCUAGAGGACUAUCCGUAUUAGCUGGACAAAUGCUUUACCAAGUAGGAACCACGAUGGUUAUUCUCCUUGGUCUUGCUUUAGUUCCAAACCUCGAUCCUCUCUAUUGGCGAGAACUUUUACUACUUGCAGCUUGGCCAGCUUUUUUCAGUACAAUUUUCCUAGUUUUCCUAUUGGACGAAAGUCCAAGGUGGCUGGCCAUGAACGAUCAGCACGACAAGUGUGUGAAGAUUUUGAAUAAAAUCGCGAGAAUAAAUAACGCCAGAAGAAUCACUGUAGAAGAAAUCGAAGCCGUCAAACUUAUAGAAAAAAGUGAAGCUGAAAACCAUUUAGAUAGGCUUGGAUUGGUGUUUGGAGGAGACUAUUUAAGAAUAACACUACAAGGAUUUUUCUUGUGGUGGGCUAUUGGGUUUUUAUACUAUGGCUGCGUGUUUAUUUUGCCAAGAACCCUCGGAAGUGACUCAUCUGAUGGAGAUGUCCUUACAAAUUUAGCAAUUAUGAGCGUAAUACAGUCCCCGCUUUCCCUAAUUCCAAUGUUUUUGAUAGAGCAAGACAAAUUUGGGAGAAAAAAUACAAUAGUUCUUGUGAGUGUAUUCCACUUGGGGACUUCAUUAUUAUGUGCUUUUAAGUGGACAAAUACACUUUAUUACUCAUUUGUGAUGGGGUUACAGAUAUGUGGGAUGGUGAAUAGUGAUGUGAUCGUCCCUUAUACAAAUGAGUUAUAUUCGACUAGUGUUAGGACGACAGGGUAUUCGUUGUGUUUUACGUUUAUGAAUAUAGCAGCUAUUUCGUCACCUUUUGUCCUGCUAACACUACAUCAGAUGAAUCCUAUGUACCCUUAUUAUGCAUUUGCGGGAGUAGCUGCUUUGAAUUUGGUUAAUGGGUGCUUUUUGAAGAAAGAGUCAAAUCUUGGAUCGCUGGAUACUUUUAUAGUAAGUAUCAAUAAAAUUUAA